GAAGAGGAAAGAGAUAUCUCAAAUCAGUAAAUCUCAACUCAAAUUAUUUCUGUUGGCAAGUGACAUCAAUUGUAUUUUAGUGAUAAAAGCCUCUAAUUUUGAUCUGAUUCGCGCAGAAUUUAAAUGUUCAUUAUUUCUUUUUGUAAUGAUGAUCUUAAUUGGCACCACUCCAUUAUAUAAGUGUGAAUACUGUAGGUAUUAAUCUUAUUGCUUGUUAACCUCAAGAUGUCCAGGUAUAAGUAUUCGUUAUCGUUUUGCAGUGUAAUUUAUCAAUAAUUUCAAGGAGCUAAAUACUCUUAAUGCAGAGUAAUGGCCCACAGUCGUUGUUCGCCUCUGGAAUUUAUUCAGAAUUCAUUUUCCCCAAUUGUUGCGGUAAUUUGCAGCCCCUCUGUGGAUCAUAUCUGCCAAAAAAACAAUCUGGGAUUCAUCGAGUUACUGCAACCAUUCUGCCGUCUAACUUCUGAAGUGAAACUCAAAGAACCAUCAGGCAGUCUCAUCUCUGUGAAGAAUCUCCGAGUUGCUUUUGUGGAUGUAAAUACAAGACCCCCUCAACCAACACUUGCUCGUAAAUUUCUGAAUGAGUCAGUCAGUUCGCUUUGUGAUGAAAAACAAACUAGACUUGAAAUAGGAAAUAUUGUUGUUGAUGUCCCCUUGUCAGUCCCUUGGUUUGACUCAUGGCGAGAAACAUUCCUACAAGUUCAAUCGCCCUCAGAUCAUGAGUUCACUAAGCACAACAUAGCUUGCAUGUUCGUCACAUCAACUCUUGAGCCUAAUCCAAAAGACAGCUUAAUUUAUCUAAGCCAGCAAAUCCAGCAAACAUUGAGCGUCUCCUCAAACAAGCUGCCAAAAUGGUUUUGUCCAUCUAUUUUGAGGUAUUAUGUCCUUGUCCACGAACCGCUGGCUGGAGAGCAAGCUGUUGCAGAAGCAGUAUUCGAAACAAUGAAACAGUCUUACGGACCAAAUCAUUGUUUCUUCCUUCCAAUUAAUUCUCGGCCACCAGGCGGUAAUACUGUUCCAAUACCGGAUCUAUGGAGUCCAUACUUAUCAAACAGUGCAGAUCUGCAUAAUACAAGUAGUUCUAGUGAUUCUGGCCCUAGUGAUGUAAUUAGUGUCUCCUCGGAUUUUAGUCAAACAAGCAGCAGCAAUAGCACACCUGCAUUUGUGCAAAAUUCAGAUGGGAAAGAUUCCUCUGUCAUAUUGCACCCUCUCAGUCCACUAUCUGAGGAUCAAAAAUUUCCAAGGCCUGCCAGUGGUAAAAGUGUUGUAGAUGGGAAUUCAAAAAUGAUUAAUCCAAAUGUAUGGUCGAAUGAAGCUCUCCUUUAUAAGCAAUAUGGUGCAUACCUCACCGCCCACGACAUCGAUCGGAUAAAGCUCCUUGUCAGUGAAUUCAUUGGAAAGGCGCUUAUCCCUUACGUCGAGUCCCAAAUUCAAAGUUUACAUGAUAUUGUUGCCAAUAAAAAGGGAGUGAGUAGAUCUUUACUGAGCGCAACAAAAAGAUGGUUUGGUGCCAGUAAACCAGGGACCCCAGCUGCGAGUGUUCCUGCAACUUCAACCAUGUAUAGUAGCGAUGCUCCAGAACUCCAGUCUCGUAGACUCGCUGAUCUUUACUUCAUGUUCGGAGCUUAUGCAUUAGCGUACCAGACUUAUCAUGCUGCUAAGCGAGACUUUAAUGCUGAUGGUGCCUGGUUAUUCUACGCAGGAGCUCUGGAAAUGGCAGCUCUUUCUGCAUUUAUCAUGGGGACAGAUCUGCGCAAAGCGCUAGAAUAUUCAGAAGAAAGUAUAACAACGUAUCUCAACUCGUGUGGGCUACCACAAUUUGCCACCCGAGCCACUCUUUUCACCUCUGAGUGUCUCAAAGAAAAAGGCAUGUACUGUGAGGCAGCAAAACAACUGAUUCGUAUGACAAGUGAAGAUUCAGAUCUGCGAAGUGCUCUGCUUUUGGAGCAAGCGUCAUAUUGUUACUUACACUCUAGGAAGCCCCGAAUGCCGCGAAAGUAUGCAUUUAACCUUGUCCUAGCAGGGCAUAGAUUCAAUAAAGCUGGCCAGAAGAAGCAUACCUUGAGAUGUUACAAUCAGGCUCAUCAGGUGUAUCAAGGGAAAGAAUGGAGCCUAGCUGAAGAUCAUAUACAUCUCAUGAUUGGGCGACAAGCUGCUUCUUUGCAACAAAUUCAAGACUCCGCUGCAGCUUUUUCAAGAUUGCUCUCCCGUUCUAGUCGACAAGUGCCUGCACAACAAGCUUUAAACUUAAAAGAAUAUUUGAUUAUUCAGCAACAAUUGAGUGACAAUGAGACUGAAGCUCCGAUCCUGCCAUUACCACUAGUCGAUCAGUCCUCCAUAGAAGUUUUGCUUGGACCAGACACUCUGUCAUCACCAAAUAACUCAAUGGUCCCUGUAGCUGGUGUUACAUUUCAUCAAAAGCCAGCCGAAAUUUCAAAAUGGUGUAAAGUAGAAGAACAAUUAGUAGGCACUGCAACAGGCUCGCUCCCACUAACAUUCAAACCAAGCCUUUCGCUUUUAUCAGAUUCAACAAAUAACACAGUUCCUCCAGUUUCAGUAUGCAAAGAACCAAUAAAUGUAAAUAUUGGGUUGAAGAAUUUAUUGCAUAUUGCCAUUCCAAUUCAAAAAUUAAAAUUAAUGUGGUCAUGCACUCUAAGUGAUGGUAGUGUUGUCUCAGAUGAUGACUCUGUUGCUGAAACUCAUUGUCAAGAGUCUAUUAUUUUAGAGCCGGAUUGCACUACACAGGUGGUACUGCAGGUAAAACCAUUGAAACCUGGGUCUCUUCUAAUAACGGGUAUAAGUUACUGUCUUGCGUCCACCGUCCCUAGUUCACCAACAGAAUCUAUUACUGUCAGAGGAAGACAAUUGCUCAAGCCGAAUGGACCGCCAGUGAAACAGACGAAAGAUAAAAUGCAAGGCCAGCCAAUUUUUGCGCCUGAUUAUCGACUUCAGUUAAAUAUUCUCGAAAACGCUCCGUGCAUACAUGUCUUUAUGCUUAGCAUAUCUUGUGAGCUUCUGUGUGGCGAAUUGAGGCAUGUAUCGGUUUUGAUGAAAAACACUGGGAAUCUUCCAGUGUCAAGGAUUCUCUUUUCGUCACCCACUCCUCAGUUUAUUUCAUUACAUUCCAUUCUUCCAAACUCACACUCCAAUCCACCACCAGUAAAGCAAAAAUUUGAGCCGUGCUUUUCCAUUCCAAUGGAGCGACCUCUCGAACCCAACGGUGAGCUGAGCUUUGAUAUGUGGAUACGUGCUCCGGAAACGAAAGGAGCAUUUUCAUUAGAUGUCUUGUUUUACUGUGAAUACUACCCUUUGGAGAGCAAUCAAAAACCUAGGUACAGGCUUGUAAGACACUCCUGGAAUUUGACUGUGUUCGAGUCGUUAAAUUUUUCUGUGAUCCCUACCAGAAGUUGUCAAUCUAGUAAAUCAAAUGAGCUCAUUAACUUUCAACUUCAAGUAAAAAAUAAUAAUCAGCCUAAUGACAUCUUGUCAGCUGAAAUUGAUUUAGUUCAAGUUUCUUUGUUCAGUCCAUGUUGGCAACUCUGCGGAAAAGCAUUUGUACCUGAGAAAUUAACGCUACAGAGUCAGCAGUCAUUGUACUUAGUUUUUCAAGCUACUCGGCCUACAGACAACCAGACUGGUGGAAUCUCUUCAGAUAUCAAUCUCUCUAACUCAGAUGAGCCCACCUCUCUCCAUUCUCCCUUUUUUGAUUUCUUGCGCAGAUCAAUAUCACACUCUAGUCAAACUUCCUCUCAAGAAAAUAAGAAAGACCUUAACUUUGGGACAACACUAGAUGCUGUACUUAUUGUAAGAUGGAAGGGUCGUCUAGUGGAGACAGGUGGGAAAAAUAGGAUCUCAAUGGGGCAACAUCACCUGCGGAUGAAACAAUUUGACGUAAUGGUGACGUGCCCUCCAAUCAUAAUCCAGCCAAAAACCAAGGAGCCAUUGACAUUACUUAAGAUUUUUGGACCAGAUCGAAACUGCGACCAUGUCCUAGCUGCAGCAAAUCAACAACAUGAGCUCGAUGCAUCAGCCAUCCAACAAAAAUUGGUCAUGUUCACGAUCAGUCACCAGCAACUUGUUAAUCACAAUUUUAAUGAGAAUAGGCUGUGUAUGGUUCCUGUCAAGAUUUCAUUGCGUAAUUGCUCAGACUCUCAGGUGGAUGUGAAAGUCAUGGCAGUUCUCCCUCCCUCAAGACAAAAUCCUGUGGCAUCAACAGAAGGCUCCUCCUCAUUUUUAUGGCUAGGACGCACUAUUAGAAUUAUUAGUUUGAAGUCAUACGCCCUCUAUUCCGUGCAGCUUCUUGCUGCGAUUUCAUAUCCAGGCUCAUACAAUCUCGGAUCUCGCCUGGUAGUCUCCGCCAAGAAUGAAUUCAUGCCAAACCUAGUACCCCAAUGCUGGAAAUUUGAUACUGUUGUAAUGGUAAACAAUGCAUCCUCCUAGCAGGUAUUUUAUUCUCAUAAGGUUUUAUUCUUACCGUUUAUAAAUUUCUAGGAGCCAUAAUUCUUUCUCUCAAAGUUCUAGCCAUUACUCGUGUAUUUACUUUCGACUGUUCCUCUUUAUAUGCCCAGAAGUAAUAAUCUUUUGUAUGCUCAUGCAACAGUCGUAAUUUUUUAGGAGUUCCAUCAGCUAAUUUAAACUUAUUAGAAAUAAUUACUUUUCAUGAUUCUGUGGCAAACAAGAGAAGUUACUCGAAACGUUAGCCCUCUUGAAAAAAGGACCUCUCACCAUUAGUACUGAUGAAAAUUUUAUUUAAAAAAUCUUUAAAAUUACACCCUCUCAUGCUCCAGGAGAAGCUAUGAAACCUAAAAUGUAUUAAAAGAGCAUCUUUUAGACAGACAAUAUUGUUUUGAUAUUUUGAAAACCAAGUUUCUGCCUAUCAAGAGUGUAUCCGAAAAUUUACAAUGGGGGGAAAUGUCUAAUAUUAAAAAUUUCUGGAGAAUGGUCUCAAGGGCUGACAUGUUUUGAUGCUAAAUAAUACCAUAAAAUCACACAAAAAUGAUUGGUUUUUGGUUCUGAAGGGGCAGAUUUCCCCUCCUUUCAACCCUCUCUUGGCUUCUGUCCGCAUACUUCCCAUUUUUAUUCACCCUUUAUGAGUAAAAUUCCAUCCUGCUGCAAUUUGAUUUAUUUUUUUUGUAAAAAUCAGCCAAGAAACUAUGGAAUAAGUUUUCAGCUGAAAAAUGUAGGCAAUAAUUAAAAGUUCUGAAGAUUCCUAACUAACUUAAGUAUAAUAAAAGGACAAACCACCGUACUUUUCCCAUCUUAAGCCAGCGUUAACAUUAGACCGUGAGGCGCGAGACCAUGCUCAGUUAUACCUGUUUUAAAUUUAAGUAUGUUUUGAUUACGAAUCAAAUGAUUUGUUAUGACCGUCAUUCAUUUUUAUGAAAUGCAGUUUUUUAAGAGGUAUCGGUCAUUAUUGUUUUUCCGUAUGGAUUUUCCCAUACUAGCGAGAACCUCAAUUGAGGAGAGUUGGAUACCGAGGAGAGCGUGAAACCGGUAGUGGCGCUGACAACAGGCCUGAUUUCUUUACCCACAUCCAACUCUCCUCAAUUGAGGUUUUAUGUUUUGAUUGUUAGAACUUUAAUGAUGGACUUAAAACUUGGUGGAUAUCUUCCCAAUUGAAAAUUUCAAAAGUUCACAGUCUUUGUAGCUUUUUGAUAAAUUUUUGCUGAUUUACAAUGUGUACCGCUUGAGUUGCGAUGAUUCUUUAAAUUUUCAAAGGGUUUAAGUUCAGGAGAAUUAUGGAUCCUGAAACCACUCUCUUUUUCAAAGGUGAGAGAUAAAUAAUAUUUUUUACUGACCUCUCUGUUCAUACACACCUGUCUCAUUUAUUUAAAAAACGUUGCUUUUAAGUGAAAGCAUUUUCAAUGUAAAAAUCAAAGAACUUCAAACUCUAAAAUUUUCUCAUCAACACCAAGGAAUUCUUUGGUCAUUUUGUAUAAAAUUAUACUGACUGCAAUGAAGGAGGAAUUGAAAAUGAGCUUAGAAUUAUUUUUUUUCCGCUUGAUUAAAUGGAUAACUCGUGCAAUAUUGUCCGAAAAGAGUGAAAUUUCAUGAUUUAUCAAUUUCAAUGUACUAGUUUAACUUAACGCCAGUAAUGCAGACAUUUAAUGUGUAAACCUGCAAAAUAUCUCAGAAAUUUGAACCAUAUAUUUACUUUUAGAAGCAAAAACCUAUCAAAGAUUUCAAGAAAAAAUAUCUUCGAAAAUGUUCAAAUUUAUUUCACCUGAAAAAAAUCAUGAUGAUUAUUUUGGAGAAUAUAUUUGCUGGUGUCUCACUCAAAUAAUACAUUGUCAGAACAGUACCUUAAACAGACUAACACAGAAAAAGAGCACAACAUAGAACUGCAUUUAGCAGAUUCGGAUACUUAAGAUUUGAUUUAUAAUUAUGGCAAACUUUUCAGAACGAAGUCGUAAUUUUCCAUGAAGACAGAACUAGGGCUUAAAAAGACGUACCCUCAAUGUUUUUUUAAAAAAAAAAAAAACUGUACUGAAGAAAGACUCUCAAAAUUUUGUUAUUGCUGUCCACAGAACUGAUUUAUCAUUGUUAUGUUUUCUGAUAUUCGUGAUAGGAGGAGCUUUUGACCUCUCAGUUCUUUUUUGACUGUACAGGGAACGAUGCAUGAUAGUCAACAAUUUUUAUUAGUCCACGAGGUCUCCUAAGGGUUAGAAACGCCUUCCCUUAAUUUUGUACAUGAAAGGGUACCACCUUUUCGUUAUUUUAUAACUGUAUUGUUGUUAUAUAUUCUGAAUAAGAAUGUUAUAUACUUUAUUUUAUAAAUUUUA